AUGGCUCUCAAACGUAUUCAGAAGGAACUUGCAGAGCUUAACAGAGAUCCUCCAGCUGGGAUUAGUGCUGGUCCUACUGAAGAAGAUAUAUUCAACUGGACAGGCACCAUUUUGGGACCUGCAAACAGUCCCUACAAAGGAGGCAUUUUUAAGCUCAAGAUUGAGUUCUCCCAAGAUUAUCCAUUUAAACCACCAUCCGUCAAAUUCAUCACCAGGGUAUAUCAUCCAAAUAUUGAUGAUGACGGUUCAAUUUGUGUGAAUUUGUUGAAAACGGAUGUAUGGAAACCUGCCACUAAAAUCUCCCAAGCCAUCGCGGAUCUUCUCGAAAACCCAAAUCCUGAUGAUGCGCUGGUAGCUUCUAUUGCAGAGGUUUAUAAUACAAACAAACCAAAAUUCGUCAAAACCGCAAAAGACUUCGUAAAAAAG